AUGGCUGCAGGAGAAAGAGAAAUAGCAGACCUUCUAAAAGAGUCAAUUGAGAGCAAAAUAAACGCAAAGACAACAUGGCACUCUACUCUUAUCGAGGAAUUCUCUAACAUAGAAAAAUUUAAGGAAAAGGAGACAAACAGCAUGAACUUUCAGCACGCAAGCAUAGUGCUUGAUGGGUGCGUGAAGGUAUACAGCACGCGCGUGGACAGUGUGGUGGAUGAAGCAGACAAGCUAAUGGAUUCUGUGGGGCGGUCAAAGGAGCCAGAGAAACAGAAAUCCCGAGUCAGAGUGCACCCAACAAUAGAGCCAAACCCAGAGGCUAUUCUUAUUAAGCAUAGAAUAGCGUCGCUGGACGAUGAAAUACUUGAACACCUUUCGAGAGAAUUUAAAGAAGGGGAUACAAGAGGGCUUCUCAUGCACCUCCUCAAGUGGAAAGAUGGCGAGGGAUUUCAUGUUCUGCGGCUUCCUAGUAAGCAGGAUACAGUAGAGGCAGAGAAGGCCAGUGAAACUGUUGAACCGCAUUCCAUGGAAAGCACACACUCUUUAAACUUUUCUGUGCAUAGGCAGUCUCUAUACCAGGGAGAGAAUAAAAAGUACAUAAGCCCUAUGUUUGCAACAUUUACUCCAGACAAAUCAGUAGAAGAGCUGGUUCUUCCCACAUACGCAUACAACAUAAGUUAUGACACAGACCGCUUAGAAUAUGGAUACAAGGAAAGCACAGCUGCAUUUGCAGGGUAUAGCUCAUAUAUGGACAGCGCGGCGGCUGAUGAUUUCCCAGACGGCGCAAGUCCUAGCGCAGAAAACAGCGGCGAGGCAGAAGCAUCGGGCCAAGUGGUAGAGCAGUUUCGCCCCAGCAAGGAAGAUCUUCAUCUGGUGUACACUCCAUUUGGGUAUGCCAAGGGAUGGGCAGGGCCCUCUCACUGGAAAGUGCAUUCUCGGAGAAAGCAAAAAGAAAAGACAGAUUGCAGAGAAAGAAAGAAGGCAGUUAUAGACUUUCUUACUGACACGCAUCUUCCAAUUUCCUCCUUGUUUGAGAAGGGCGAGAAUAUUGUAAUGACCCCCCAGCAAAUAUCAGAAAGACGAAAGAACUGCAACACACUUCCUCCUGAUCAUAAUGUAGGAAUAGAAGAUCUAUAUAAAAUGUUUGUUUUCCCCGGAACGCUGCAUGCAACCGAAAAAGCACAUGAAGUAUAUGAAAAGGGGCGCACGGCACACAGCACUUCUCCAUCUAUGCUUGACAUGCCAGAUACUGUGUAUGCAGACCAGGAAGACACAAACUUUGUUCCUCCUGCGCAUGCAGAUAUGGAGCAUGAUGUUGCAGAAAAUAAUGCACCAUUGAGCUAUACACAGGAAGACGCAGGCACUGCGCCCACUACCCUUCUAUCCCGUAGGCUUCUACAGAGUGCACUAAGAAAAGCACGCAGAAACGAUAUAGUAAAGAUAAAAGAAAACAUGUGGGAUAAAAUCCAGCAGGGAGAAAAGAAAGUAAAUGAAAUGUAUAAUACUAUCCCGGAGCAGAAGGUGUCUGUACAGUUCUAUCUUGUAUCUCUUCUGCACCUGGCAAAUGAGAAAAAUCUGAGAAUCACCUCUACAACCACUGAGCCACUUCCAAAUAUUUCUGCACUGUCUCUGGAUACGCCUUUGGUAUAGUUGUGUGUAAUAAGAAAAUCAUACUUCUAAUUAGGAUAACAAUUAAUAAAUAGG